CAAAAGGUCAAUAACGGCCACGACCCAAUUCUUACGGGACUCAGUACAUCUACGUUGACCACGACCACGACAUCCAUCGAGUGCUCUUGAAAGACCGCAAAUCCGAUAGUCCAGCACUAAUUCGCACAUAUUACGCGCUCACCUCUCGUAUCUGAGCGCUUUCACAUACCUCUGUCACAAUCAUGGCAGAGAGCAAAGCAAAUGGUUUGCCGGAACAGGUGGAGAUUCCGGUCGAGGAGAUGACGCCGUUAACGCCUGGGAUUAUUACUCGCCAAGCUACUAUCAACAUCGGUACGAUCGGUCAUGUCGCUCACGGAAAAUCCACUGUCGUCAAGGCAAUCUCUGGAGUAUUGACUGUACGGUUUAAGAAUGAGCUAGAGCGCAAUAUCACUAUUAAGCUUGGUUAUGCGAAUGCCAAGAUCUACAAGUGCGAGAAUCCAGCUUGUCCUCGACCAGGAUGCUACAAGUCAUACCGGUCGGACAAGGAGGAGCACCCACCGUGCGAGCGACCGGGAUGCAAUUCCCGAAUGAACCUGGUCCGUCAUAUUAGCUUCGUCGACUGCCCGGGGCACGACAUUCUCAUGGCUACCAUGUUAAACGGUGCUGCAGUCAUGGAUGCUGCAUUACUGCUCAUUGCGGGCAACGAGUCCUGCCCUCAGCCCCAGACGUCGGAACAUCUCGCUGCUGUAGAAAUCAUGAAGCUCGAACACAUCAUCAUUCUACAAAACAAGGUUGAUCUUAUCCGAGAACAGCAGGCGCUGGAGCACCAUAAAAGUAUAGUAGACUUCGUGAAAGGCACCGUCGCCGAAUCCUCUCCCAUUGUUCCCAUAUCCGCCCAGCUCAAGUACAAUAUCGACGCCGUGAACGAGUACAUUGUAAAGCGCAUACCUAUACCCGUCCGAGACUUCACCUCGGACCCGCGACUAAUUGUCAUCCGGUCAUUCGACGUGAACAAGCCCGGUGCAGAGGUCGACGAGCUGAAGGGUGGUGUUGCCGGAGGGAGUAUCCUCGCCGGUGUAUUACGAGUGGGACAGGAAAUUGAGGUUAGGCCCGGUAUCGUCACAAAGGACAAUGAUGGGCGAGUCCACUGCCGGCCAAUCAUGAGCCGUAUCGUUUCCCUCUUUGCCGAGCACAAUGACCUCAAGUUCGCCGUGCCAGGUGGGCUGAUCGGUGUCGGCACACGGAUCGAUCCUACUCUCUGUCGUGCGGAUCGGUUGGUCGGUCAAGUGCUAGGCGCAGUCGGCAAGCUUCCAGCCAUCUACACCGAACUCGAAAUCAGCCUCUUCCUCCUCCGCCGACUGCUCGGCGUAAAAUCCGACGACAAGAAGCAGACCAAAGUCCAGAAACUGACAAAGGGCGAAGUCCUCAUGGUCAACAUCGGUUCCACAUCCACAGGCGGGAGGGUCAUGAGCGUCAAAGCCGAUCUGGCAAAGAUCGUCCUCACCAGCCCGGCGUGCACCGAGAUUGGUGAAAAGGUCGCUUUGAGCCGGAGGAUCGAGAAACAUUGGCGGUUGGUCGGAUGGGGAAGCGUGCGCCGUGGUGUGACGCUUGAUGUGGAUUAGCGAGGAUGUACGGCGGACGGUCGCUGUUUGCUGUGUACUUGCUCGUGGUUAAUGAC